UCCGCAUCUCGCCGAAAACUCGUCAUUUCCGGGUGUCAAUAUGCGUCUCGGUACUGCAGCGAUAAGCAUCGGUAAGAUGUGAACGGGAAGAAAAGAUAAAACAAUCUGCCUCCAAAACGAAAGCACGGGCCGCCGACAGCAUCGACGACACUGUCAUCCUUUGUCUCCCGUCAUCCGCUAGUGACUAGCAGCGGAUUCGCCGCCGACUGUCAGCCGUAUCUGCGCGAAUGGCCGCGGAGGUUCGGAGGGCCCUCGGCCGGGGCUGGUGUCUGACACUCGGCCUGGCUCGCGGAGGCCUUCACGGCACCGUACUGCGAUCUCUUCUCUUCAUCACAGCCCUCAGCGGGCUGGUCCGUCUCCCCGCGGCCACGGAGGCGAAGGAGUGCGAUAAACCGUGCUUGAACGGCCAGUGUAACACCGCCAGCGGCGUGUGUGUGUGCGAGCCGGGAUGGGUCGGGGAGCAGUGCCAGCACUGCGGCGGCCGCUUCAGGCUAACGGGACCCUCAGGCUAUCUCUCGGAUGGACCAGGAAACUACAAAUACAAGACCAAGUGCACAUGGCUUAUUGAGGGACAGCCGAACUCAAUCCUGAGGCUUCGUUUUGAGCAUUUUGCCACCGAGUGCAGCUGGGAUCAUCUGUAUGUGUAUGAUGGAGACUCCAUCUACUCUCCUUUACUCGCUGCCUUCAGUGGUUUGAUUGUUCCUGAGAGCUACAGCAAUGAGACUGUCCCAGAGGUGGUGGCACAGUCUGGUUUCGCCCUGCUGCACUUCUUCAGUGACGCUGCGUAUAAUCUCACCGGCUUCAACAUCUCCUACAGGUUAAAUACCUGCCCCAAUAACUGCUCAGAUCGUGGGGAGUGUCGUGUGGGGAAUUCCAGUGACUCUGUGCAGUGUGUAUGUGAGGAAAGCUGGAAAGGAGAGGCCUGUGAUGUGCCCUACUGCUUCUCUGACUGCGGUUCUCCUCUGCGGGGACAGUGUGACAGCACUGCCAAACGCUGCCAGUGCAAACCAGGAUGGCAAGGCCUGGACUGUUCAAUAACUGUACCAGCAAAUGUUUCCUUCUGGACACGUGAGGCAUACAGUGGGCAUGGCUUGGCGCGGGCGUCCCAUAAGGCUGUGGUUCAUGAAGACGUGAUGUGGGUGAUAGGUGGACAUGUGUUCAACUACACACACUACCAGAUGGUGACUGCGUUCAACAUCUCCUCUCAAAGCUGGAUGUCGUUAAACCGGUCCGGCAACUCUGUAACUGGACGCUACGGUCAUUCUCUCUCCUUACAUGAGGAUAAAAUCUACAUGUACGGUGGGAAGAUUGACUCCACAGGAAACGUGACAUCAGAACUGUGGGUGUUCCACACGCAGAACCAGUCGUGGGUUCUGCUGAAUCCGCGUGCUAAAGAACAGUAUGCUGUCGUGGGCCAUUCUGCACACACUGUCCAUCUCGACGAAUCGGAGCCCGUCAUACUGGUCGUGUUCGGACACUGCCCUCUUUACGGAUACAUCAGCCAAGUGCAGCAGUACAACAUUGUAAAGAACACAUGGAGUGUUUUAGAGACUCGUGGGGCGCUGGUUCAGGGUGGCUAUGGGCACAGCAGUGUGUAUGACCCUCAAACCCGCUCCAUUUACAUCCAUGGAGGCUAUAAAGCGUUCAGUGCCAAUAAAUACGGCUUGGCCGGAGACCUGUACCGCUACGAUGUGGACAAGAGAAUGUGGUUGAUUCUGAGGGACAGUGGUUUUUUCCGUUACCUCCACACGGCAGUGAUUGUUGGCGGGAACAUGUUGGUGUUUGGAGGGAACACACACAACGACACCUCAAUGAGCCACGGGGCGAAGUGCUUCUCCUCAGACUUCAUAGCAUACAGCAUAGCUUGUGAUGAGUGGACUGUUCUGCCCAAUCCAGAUCUUCACCAUGAUGUCAACCGUUUUGGCCACUCAGCCGUGUUUCACAACGGGGUGAUGUACGUGUAUGGAGGCUUUAACAGCCUGAUGCUCAGCGAUGUGCUGAGGUUCACCCCUGCGAGCUGCGCUGCUUUCUCUGAGCAGCUGGAGUGUGACACGGCUGUGCCCGGCAUGAAGUGUCUGUGGAACUCCACUACCUCCACCUGUAUGUCUUGGGACGCAGUGGCACCCCAUGACACAGAGGGCUUGAGAAACACCUGCAGUCCCAGAGGGUAUGCAGAUGGUGAAAAGUGUGACCAAUAUUCAGACUGCUACAGCUGUACAGCGAACACUAACAGCUGCCAGUGGUGUGCUGCGGUCUGUGUGUCUGGUCAUAGUAACUGCACCAGUUCCCCGGGUGGGAUAAUGGAGUAUGAGGCAUGUCCAAAGGAUAACCCAUCCUUUGUGUGCAGCAAGAAGACCAGCUGUAAAAGUUGUGCCACAGAUCAGAACUGCCAAUGGGAGACGAGAAAUCAAGAGUGCACUACCCUUCCUGGGAAUAUCUGUGGGGAGAGUUGGCACCUGGUGGGAAACUCCUGUCUAAAGCUGAUAACGGCCAAGGACUCGUAUGACAACGCUAAACUGGCGUGUCGCAGUCACCAGGCGGUGCUGGCAUCCCUCACCACACAGAAGAAAGUCCAGUUCGUCCUCAAAGAGAUGCACAACAGAUCAUUGCAAUCAAAAGCAGUAAUCACUCCGUGGGUGGGUCUGAGGAAGAUCAAUGUCUCCUACUGGUGCUGGGAGGACAUGUCCCCCUUCACCAACUCCACGCUGCAGUGGUUGCCGGGCGAGCCCAGUGAUGCUGGUUUUUGUGGGUACCUGGCUGAGCCCACUUUUAAUGGACUGAAGGCAGCAACCUGCGUCAACUCUGUUAAUGGGAGUCUGUGUGAACGACCAACGAACCACAGUGUGAAGCAGUGUCGGACACCCUGUGCCCUGCGCUCUUCCUGUAGUGAGUGCACCAGUGGGAGCUCAGAGUGCAUGUGGUGCAGUAACAUGAGGCAGUGCGUGGACUCUAAUGCUUAUGUGGCGUCCUUCCCCUACGGCCAGUGCAUGGAGUGGUACACCAUGAACAGCUGCCCACCGGAGAAUUGUUCUGGCUAUAAGACCUGUGGUCACUGUUUGGACCAGCCUGGCUGUGGGUGGUGCACUGAUCCCAGCAAUACAGGACGGGGCCAGUGUAUAGAGGGCUCUUACCGUGGUCCAAUCCAAACACUGUUCCACGCCCCUUCCUCUUCAGGGCCCUCCCUCAUUCCCGCCCCUCAGCCAAUGCUGAACGUGAGCUUGUGCCCACUAGAGGGCAGCUACAACUGGUCCUUCAUCCAGUGCCCAGCGUGCCAGUGUAACGGACACAGCUCCUGUGUCAAUGAGAGCGUAUGUGAGAGAUGCGAGGACCUCACCACAGGCAAACAGUGCGAGAGCUGUAUUUCCGGUUACUAUGGCGAUCCAACAAACGGGGGCAGCUGUCAACCUUGUAAGUGCAACGGCCAUGCCAGCAUGUGUAACACUAACAAUGGCAAAUGCUUCUGUACCACCAAGGGCAUCAAAGGAGACCGCUGCCAUUUGUGUGAGGUAGAGAACCGUUACCAGGGCAACCCUCUGAAGGGAACGUGUUAUUACACUCUGCUGAUAGAUUACCAGUUUACCUUCAGUUUGUCUCAGGAGGAUGACCGCUACUACACUGCCAUCAACUUUGUGGCAACUCCAGAUGAGCAAAAUCGAGACCUGGACAUGUUUAUUAAUGCCUCAAAAAACUUUAACCUCAACAUCACAUGGGCAACCAGUUUUGCAGCUGGCACUCAAGCUGGUGAGGAAAUCCCUAUUGUCUCCCGCAGCAACAUAAAGGAAUUCAAAGACAGUUUCUCCAACGAGAAGUUUGAUUUCCGUAGCAAUGCCAACAUUACUUUCUACGUGUAUGUCAGCAACUUCACGUGGCCAGUCAAAAUCCAGAUCGCUUUCUCUCAACACAGUAACUUCAUGGAUUUGGUUCAGUUCUUUGUCACGUUCUUCAGCUGUUUCCUGUCCUUGCUUCUGGUGGCAGCAGUCGUAUGGAAGAUAAAACAGAGCUGCUGGGCGUCACGGCGCAGAGAGCAACUCCUGCGAGAAAUGCAACAGAUGGCCAGCCGACCAUUUGCCACCAUCAACGUCGCCUUGGAGACGGAUGAGGAGCCGCCAGACCUGAUUGGUGGAAAUGUGAAGUCUGUGCCCAAGCCCAUAGCUUUGGAGCCCUGUUUUGGGAACAAGGCUGCAGUGCUCUCCAUCUUUGUUAGAUUACCCAGAGGCCCCGGAGGUAUUCCUCCUCCAGGACAGUCAGGUCUGGCAGUAGCGAGUGCAUUAGUGGACGUUUCUCAGCAGAUGUGUCUGGGAUAUAAGGAGAAGUCGGGAGGGUUGCGUAGCCGCAAGCAGCAGCCAUUAGCACAGCCCGCCACCUGCAUCUGACAUUUAUCCCUCAUCCUCUGACCUCGGACCCCUGCCAGGACUGAGUCACAGGAACACACGCUUAUGGCUGGGUGGCGUGGUUUAUCCAAGCCAAGCGGACUCUGAUUGGAGAAACUGAAUCUCUCCUGGCCCAAGCUGAGAGAACACUACAGGAAACGAACUCUUAUGUGACCCUGACUGAUAGGACUUAUCCUGGGCCACUUUAUGAUAUUUAACUUAUUUCAGUUAUUUUAUUCCAUUUUUACAAUCAGGAGGAAGAAUCCUUGCACUGCUGCAUCUCUGAUGAAGGCAACACACACACACACACAAACAAACUUUUCUUCUGGAGACUUCUUUGGCUGCAUGGCUAUAACACAAACACAUGCAUAUAGUACAGGAUGUCUUUUAGAGGCAUAUAGUACGUCUGUGUCUCUUUAAUCAUGGCAGUAGUCACCAAAAAUUGCUUUUAUUUCUUAAUAAUUAAUCACGUCUCUGAUUUGAUGUGCAGGAAUAAGUCACAGCGAGCUGGUAUGUUUACAAGUGUUUUACUUUACAGUUCAUCUGUGACGUCUCUCCCAAGCAUUUCAUGUUUGUCCCAAUAAGAGGAUCUACAUUUUACCCUUUUCACAUCCUUCCAUUCUCUUUUGAAUUACCUCCUUUCACAUGUUCAUGUAGAGAUCUGAGACGUCAGUGUUUAUGUUUGCCAUAAUGAUAGUGCUGCUUCUGCUUCUGCUUUUAUCAUUUACUCCCUCUCACUUCUGUCUUAUCUGAAAUCUCAACCCAUUUCUCAGGCACAUUUCAAGGAAGGCAGAAAUAAAAGGCGACUGCAGGCAGGCAGCAGGGUGGAAUUAGAGCGAACAAGGACCUUGUUUGGGUUUCUCGAAAUGUCAGAUGUCAUUUUGGGCUGGCGAAGGAUUAUCUGCAUACACAAACGCACAAACCUGGACCUGCGUAAGAUACCGGGGGUAUUCUCCAGGAUAUGGAGUGGAUUGCCUAGUGCAAAGGAAAGGUCAAAGAUAGAGUGAGCAAAUGUGACAUUAUGAAAUCUAAACCGGUGUAAGUGCGUGUAGCGGCGCAGUCAUUACAUCUUUUAUUAUCCUGGUGCACGGCUGUAUCGAGACGGCACAGAUGACCUGCUUGCCAGUUCUCGGUGCGUUUAGAGUGCCAUGAAUAAAGGGACACAAGUCACUAGACCAGAACCAAACAUCUAGUAUUGAGAGCCCAAACAGGAUGUUACUAAUCUGUCCGUGAUCUCAAUGGAAAAUCCAUGUCCUGUGACACCCAUCAGGUGCGAAUGUAAGCUGAAAUGUCGUAGAGAGACCAUUUUUGUUUUUUUUCUCGCGAUCUGUUGGAGUCCAAAAGGGAAAGCGCACUCACACGUACACACAAAGUGGUCUAAUGAAAGGAGCUGGUCUCUCUUCCUUCGGAUGGAAGCUAAUUCUCACAUUGCUUUUCUCUGUAAGCCUCAAACAGUACACCUCGCACACCGACCGCACCAUCUAUAUACAGUGAUACUAUAGAUACGGAGUCUGUAGUUUGUUAAUAUGUAUAAUGUAGCAGCAAGUGCACUCAAGUUUUUUUGUGCAUAGUGAUGGACAGUAAUGUGAAUGCCGUCUAUGUUAAGCGACUUACUGCACUUGUCGGGUGGAGUAUUCCCGGCUUUUGAAAUGUGACUGCAUUGCAGCUUCUUUUGUAUGUAAGAUGGCGAAUGUCAUGAACAAACUUUAAACUAGCUGCCUACUUUAAGAAAAAAAAAAAAGACCUGCAAAUUUAAACUGACCUUGUAAUUAUAUGUGUACAUAAAGAAUGACAUAGAACAUUUUGUCUAUAAUUAAAUGGUAAAAUGAA